CCGCGUUGAUUACAUACUCUGAGCCUGUCAGUAUCUGAUCGAUCGACUUCUUCUUGCCUAUGUCCAACUUCUAGAGAGACGCGAAACGCGUGCACUUUUGUACGCGCUUAAUUAGAUCAAUCAGAACAACACUUUCUCAAACCUGGUCCCAGGAAGAGAGCGAUACCUUGAUGACCACCAUCUAUAGAACAGCACAAUGUCGAAUAUCGAAAACGAACAAGCUGCUGUUGCUCCUGCAGUAGAAGAAGAGAAAGUAGCAGCCUUACAAGACGUAGAAGAGGAGGAAGAUGUACCUUUUGAAGAAUUGCUCGAGACUGCAAAACGCCAUUAUGCAUUAAAGGAAUGGGCUGAGGCUGCUGAUGGUUUCGGUCAAGCUCUUGAGUCAAUACGCGAGAAAUACUCUGAAGAUGAUCCAAUUCUUGCACCACUGCAUCAUCGAUAUGGUCGUGCUUUGUUAGAGCAUGCAAUCGCAACAUCUGGAGCACUUGGAGGAGGUGGCGCAGGUGUAAAGGACGCUCCUCUGCCAUCGCGUGCGGGUGGUGCUUCUACCGUUGCUGCUGCUCGUGCUGAGAAUGGAAAGGCACCAUCAGGAUCAUCAUCGAAGGUAGAAGGAUCAAGCUCUUCAGCAAGCAAGCCUCAAGAUUCUCGCUUCACGUUUGGUGGAGACGCUGAAGAAUCUGAUGAGGAAGAAGAGGGCGGCGAAGGUGGUGAGGGAGAGGAAGAUGGCGACGAUUUGGGUGAUGCAUUCGCUGUUCUGGAAUUGGCCCGCAUUCAGUAUGAAAAGUUGACAGAAUCCAACGGCACUUUGACGACUUUGGAAGGAGAAGAGUGGGAUACCUUGAAAGUCAAGAGUCAGUUGGCUGAAGUACUGAAUGAUCUUGCAGAUGUUGGGUUGGAGACAGAGAACUUCCAACAAGCCUCGUCAGACUAUCAAUCAGCACUGGAGUUAUUGCAGCCUUUGUUAUUGCCUCAUUCACGUCGAUUGGCCGAUGCAAAUUUACGUUUAGGCCUGGCAUUGGAAUUCCAUCCAGAUCCAGCAAUGCAAGCUUCUGCUGAACGUUACGUGACAGCCGCUUGCAUUGCUUUGCGUAAGCGACUUGAUUCUCUGCACAAAAGACAAGAGACUCUACAACGACAACGUCAAGGCGACACAGCGGCAAAGGAGGAGGAGGCAAACCGCGAGCAAGCGGAGAAAGAGCAUGAUGAAACCGCUGCUAAACUGGAGGCAGAGGGUGUUUUGGCUCCUAAAACAGAGGAAGAAAGUGCGCUCUCACAAGUGAGCGGUAAAGGAAAAGGCAAAGGAAAUGCUGAUCAAAAUGGACAUGCGGUCAAAGCGUUAGAGAAAGAUGAUAUAACAACAAUGGAUUGGCAAUUACUCGAAAAAGAGAUUAAAGAUAUAAAAGAAAUGAUUCAAGAACUUGAACUCAAAUUGGAAGAAUUUGCAAACGCUCCUCCCGGUACUGGAGCUGUUGGUGGAAGUUCGACCGGCGAAAACCCUCUUGCCGGUGCUGAUGCAAAAGCAGCAUUGCAACAAGCAAUCAAUGAAGCUUUCUUGGGUGCUAGUACUAACGGAUUGGCAGGCUCAAGUGCAUUCGGAUCAAAAGCGGCAGAUCCCAACGUGACGGUCAAUGAUCUAAGCUCGAUGGUGAGGAAGAAGAAGAAGGCGCCUACAACCGAAGACAGUACCAGUGAUCCAAACGGAAAAAGGAAAGCAACGGAAGGUUCAUCUUCGACAUCUGAAAAUGUCGAGCCAUCCAAGCGUACUCGCAUUGAAGACGCUUGAGAAGCAAACCCUUCAAAGCGUUCUUGUAUUUUACUGUAUAAAUCACCAAAGAUCUAAUCAAUUUAUCCCUUAGAAUGACAGUG